UUCGAUAGACAACUGCUGCUGGAGAGAGAGAAAAGCGCGGACAGUUGCAAUAUUGGCAGUGGCAGUGGCACACUCCCUCACUCUCUUAUUCCCCUUCUCAUGUCUCAAAAGUUAAACCCUACUCCGACCUCACUUUCUCUCUAGUUCAAUUCAACAUGCCUCUGCCGCAGUCUCCACCCAACCCUCGCCGCGUCGAUCCCAAAAUCUGGCGGGCAUGCGCCGGGGCCGCUGUGCACAUCCCGAAGCUGCAUUCUAGGGUUUACUACUUCCCGCAGGGCCACAUGGAGCACGCUUCUCCGUCACAUUCUCUCUCCCCUCCCUUCCGUUCCCUCCCCUUCGUUCCCUGCCUUGUGUCCUCCCGUGAUUUGCUUGCUGAUCCAUUCUCCGACGAGGUCUUCGCCAGGCUCCUCCUCACUCCACUCCCUCACCCGUUUCACCGAAACAACCAGAACGACGACAGCAACAUCCAAAGCGACGACGAAGAGCGCGAGUGCCAAAACGGCGUCGUUUCGUUCUCCAAAAUCCUCACACCCUCCGACGCCAACAACGGCGGCGGCUUCUCCGUGCCGCGCUUCUGUGCGGACUCUGUCUUCCCUCCGCUCGAUUUCCGCGCCGAUCCUCCGGUCCAGCUCCUCUCCGUCACUGACAUCCACGGCGUCGCGUGGCGUUUUCGCCACAUCUACCGUGGUACACCACGUCGGCACCUCUUCACAACUGGCUGGAGCAAGUUUGUCAACCACAAGAAGCUCAUAGCCGGCGAUUCCGUUGUCUUUGUCAAGGACUCCGACGGGAACGUCUCGGUCGGGAUCCGCCGUGCGACGCGGUUCGUCUCCUCAUCCUCUCCUGUAGAGGAGGAGCAGCCGCCAGCGCAGGGAGAGGGGUUUCCGCUGUACGCGACCGGGAGAGUAUCGCCGAAGGCAGUGAAGGCCGCAGCGGAGUGCGUGUCGCGGAACGCGCCGUUUGAGGUGGUGUAUUAUCCGAGGGCGGGUUUUGCGGAUUUCGUGGUGAGUGCUGAGGUUGUGGAGGACGCGAUGAGGUGCGCGUGGGCUGGUGGAAUGAGAGUGAAGAUAGGAAUGGAGACUGAGGAUUCUUCUAGGAUGACGUGGUUUCAAGGGACGGUGACUUCUGCGUAUGCCUCUGAUAAUGGACCUUGGCGCAUGCUUCAGGUUAACUGGGAUGAACCUGAAGUCUUACAAAAUGCAAAACGAGUCAGUCCUUGGCAGGUUGAACUUGUUUCCCCCUCACUUGCACUUCAUACAGCGUUUUCCCCUUCAAAAAGGUUUAGAGCUGACCAGGGAUCUGGACUGUUUCGUGAUAGGGAGGGAGACCCCUUCUUUCCUAUGAUAGGUUUCCCUAACUCAACAAUGGGAAAUAUGGAUAAAAAAUUGUUGAGUUAUGAUACUUUUCCUGCUGGCAUGCAGGGAGCCAGGCAUGAUCUAUUUUCUGCAUCAAGUUUUUCCAACUUUUUAAACGAUAACUCUUAUCUGUACAUGGGUAGUAGUUCCUUUGGGAACAAUACAGUGCAAAGUUUGGGAAUUGUUUCUACGGAUCUAAACAUUAGCAGUUCUCAAUCAGAUGACACGUCACCACAUAGCCAGAGUAGUUUACAUUCCUUUGACACAGAGUUUACUGGGACCAGGCAUUGCAACACCAAAGUUGGUUCUGGUUCAAUCCUCUUAUUUGGUAAGAUCAUACAGCCUGCUGAAAGUCCGCAUGAUGCUGCUGAUUACAUAGAACGUGAUGGUAGCGGGGGCAGCAAAGAAAUCGAAGACAGUUGAGGCUUUCUAUUUGUGAAAGUAGUUAUGCAACAGAUAAAUACAUGUAAAGGCAAUCAAGGCAGGCUGGUAAAGAGGAAGCUGUCCACUCUUUUGGCCUUGUUUGUGGUGGUGAAACUAAUGUUUUCGAGCUAUCUUUAUAUUUCGUAUUGCUACAACUUGAAUGAUGAAACUAAAUUCACAAUAUUCGAUCAAUUGUAUGAUAUAUUAAUAUCGGA